AUGGCUAGCACACAGAAAAUCCGGACAACCAUCACCGAUCUGUUCCAGAUCCCCCACCCAGUAUUGCUGGCUGGUAUGAAUGUUGCCGCGGGGCCAAAGCUAGCCGCAGCAGUAACCAACGCUGGUGGCAUGGGUGUACUCGGAGGCAUUAGUUAUACUCCUGCCAUGCUACGAGAGCAAAUCGAUGAGCUCAAAUCUUUCUUGGUCGACAAGAAUGCUCCGUUUGGGGUAGACUUGUUACUGCCACAAGUCGGCGGCAACGCCCGAAAGACGAACUACGAUUAUACCAAGGGCAAGCUAUCAGAACUCGUUGACAUAAUUAUCGAUUCUGGCGCGAAGCUUUUUGUUUCCGCAGUUGGUGUCCCACCAAAGGCCAUCGUUGAAAAGUUACACAAUGCUGGUGUCCUAUACAUGAACAUGGUCGGCCAUCCAAAACAUGUGAAGAAGUGCCUGGACCUCGGUUGUGACAUCAUUUGUGCUCAAGGAGGCGAGGGUGGUGGCCACACAGGAGACGUGCCCACCCUGGUACUUGUCCCCGCUGUUGUGGAAAUCUGCAAGAGGCAUAUAUCCCCUGCAACAGGUCAGCCAGUGCCAGUCAUUGCUGCUGGUGGUAUUUACAACGGGAAGUUGCUCGCAGCCGCCUUGAUGAUGGGUGCAAGUGCCGUAUGGGUUGGCACGAGAUUCAUCCUUACCGAGGAGGCUGGCGCCUCCGAAGCGCACAAGGAAGCCGUCCGGACAGCCGGAUUCGACGAUAAUAUCCGCACAAUCAUCUUCACAGGACGGCCGUUGCGGGUUCGCAAGAAUGCCUAUAUCGAAAAUUGGGAGACCAAUCGCCAGGAGGAGAUCCGCGAGCUGACAUCGAAGGGAGUCAUUCCCUACGAAGCAGACCUGGACAGAGCGGAAAAUGAGGCCGCACAGGACGACACGAAGGGUUCGCUGGAGCUGGACACUUUAUUGGAACUAGGUCAGCCGUUUUUGAUGGGAAAAUGUGCCGCAGUAGUCACCGAAAAGAAGGCGGCGAGGGAGGUGGUGGAUGCAUUUGUAAACGAUGCAGCCGAACGGAUUCAGAAAGGUGGCGAGUUUUUAGUCAAGUUGUGA